AAGUGUCACUAUGUUGAGUCGGGUAGGCAAUCCGUUACGGCAAGUGUCACAGUUGUUUGUGCGUGCCGCCAGCACACAGAGUUCAUCCUCAUCAGCAAAGACACAGAAAGUAUUUGAUAAGGAGGAUAGGUAUGGUGCGCACAUCUACCAUCCUUUGCCUGUUGCAUUGUGUAGGGGAAAAGGUGUACAUGUUUGGGAUGUCGAUGGCAACCGAUAUUUUGACUUUCUGAGUGCAUACGGUGCAGUAAAUCAAGGUCACUGUCAUCCACGGAUUGCACAGACGCUAAAAGAACAGGCUGAUGUCUUGACCCUUACCUCACGAGCAUUCUACAACAGUGAUCUGGGAGAGUACGAAGAAUUUAUGCACAAGCUGUUUGGUUAUGAUAAACUACUGCCAAUGAACACUGGUGUUGAGGCUGCAGAGACUGCAUGCAAGCUUGCCAGGAAGUGGGCGUACAAAGUCAAGGGCGUAGAGAACAACAAGGCAAAGAUCCUGUUCGCCGAGGCGAACUUCUGGGGAAGAACCCUGGCGGCCAUCUCGGCGUCGACCGAUCCCGAGAGAGAGCGCACACACACCGUCGAGGGAGAGCAUGCACCUACGAGCAGGAAAACGCCCGAGAAGGUCGCCACCAAAGAUCCAAAUGUGUGUGCCUUCAUGGUGGAGCCCAUACAGGGCGAGGCUGGUGUUCGUUUACCGGAUCCAGGCUACCUGAAGGGCGUGAGGGAAAUAUGUUCCAAGAACAACGUGCUGUUCAUCGCCGACGAAAUUCAGACUGGUCUCGGCAGGACCGGAAAGCUCCUGUGUGUGAACCAUGAUGAUGUUAGGCCGGAUAUAGUUCUACUCGGCAAGGCUUUAUCUGGCGGAUUCUAUCCGGUAUCUGCUGUGCUGGCGGAUAAUGAGGUCAUGCUUACCAUUCUACCCGGUGAACACGGCUCGACGUACGGUGGCAACACACUCGCCUGUAAAGUAGCUACAACGGCACUUCAGGUUCUGCUUGAAGAGAAGCUGUGUGAAAACUCUGCAAGGCUAGGAGAGAUCUUGCUUACAGAACUAAAAAAAUUGCCAAAAGAGAUCGUGAGGAAUGUCAGAGGCAAGGGCCUGUUCUGUGCCAUCAUCAUAGAACCAAAAUACGAUGCGUGGGAGGUGUGCGUGCGUUUGCGUGACAACGGCCUUAUCGCAAAGCCAACCCAUGGUGACAAGAUCCGACUGUCACCACCUUUGGUCAUCAAUGAGGAACAACUGCAUGAAUGUGUUGACAUUGUGAAAAAGACACUCCUGUCAUUUGCAUAAAAUCAACGCCGACGCCUACAAUAGCAAUUCUUCAUGGAAACCUUGCCUUUGCAUAACUACGGAAUCUCUCUUAUCACAUGCUGGUGGUUGUUUUGAAACAACAUCUGAGGUUAAUGUUACAAUCAUUGAUAGCUACAAAAUUAUGAAGGCGUUGUUGCUUUUUCGGUACGGCAAUUCUAACCAGUGUGAUUCAAUGGGCUUAUACUAGAGGGGCAAAUGCAUGAUUAUUAUGUAUAUCGGGCUCUAUUGAGUGGUAGACGUGGAUAGGUGUGUUAUAGCUGCAUUGGGUGACAUCUUGCAUGAGAGAGCAACUAAGUUAUUAUUGCUCUCUCAACUGGAACUUCGCUGUACAGGUAUGUACAGGCUGUAUGGUGACAGCUUCUAGCAGUGUAAGAAUCACUUCUGCUUGAAGGCUUUGGACAUUGAAAGUUUAUUAAGGUGAGCCUAAGAUAUAAAUAAUAAUAAUUUUAAUAAUGAUAGUGUUGGAUGGCUUGUUGUUUUGGUGGCUAUCGGAGUAUAUCGUUCUCGGGCAAUAUAUUGUGGUAUCCCCUUAAAUUGACUACGUCACGAAUUUUCUAUGGUGAUAUUUGUAAAGAUUUUGUUGCCAUUUUUUACAUUAAAAGCAAUUAGUAAUGGGACUAAACGUAUCGUCAAAUUGUUACCCGAUAAGAUUGUUUCUCAACUAGUUAAAAUCCAAAAAACCUGGAUGAUUUGAUAAAUAUAAUCCUGAACAUCCUGACUUUAAUUGCUUGCUAUGGGCUAUGUAUGAGUCACGAGCGUAUGUUUACAUUAAACAAUAUAGUAAAAUAGGAAGUUAAUGCAGCAAUUUAACCAUAAAAAGUAAACAGAAUUACUUACAUUUUGUGAAAAAGUGGAAAUAUUUUCUUUACUUUUACUAUUUACGGUGACGUAAUCACUUUAAAGGGCAUCCAAAAUGAUAUAAAUAUAUACGAGCCGACUUGUUAUUAUUUUUGCAUAGGGGCAUUGCGGCCUGCAACAUUGUUUUCCACUUUACUUUGCGAUUAUAUGGGUGUGUUCAUUGAAAACACUAAUAAAAUAUGAAGGUGGUAACCACGAUUAA